AGUCGCUCGUCCAGCUCGGUCGGUUGCCUAACGUCGUGCAAUCCGACGGCGUCCGUCCUCGCGCGAGCGUUUGUAGCGCACCGGCGACGAGUGAUGUACAAAAGACCGGUCGACUCGGCGCACCUUCCUAGAAAUUCUUCCUCCGUCGAAAAGUCCGUUCCGUUCUUCACCAAGUGAUUUUGCCAAGUUUCCAAUUGUAGUGCAGUUUUUCUUCGGGACGCGAUUACUUUCCAUUGUGCGAGCGCGGUUCGGUGCGGUGAAUCGCCGCGCGGUUUUUUCGACUUCGAUCGACGCUAAGCGUGAACGAUGCCGACGAGGGCAGCUCGGUCCGCAUCGCGUGAUUAAUAAUCCGUAACGGGAAUUUUUAAGCCGCGACGAGAGAGGUGCACGUUGACGGUUUUCAGCUGGCCCGAUUAUCUCUUGGCUUGAAUUAAAAAAAAAAAAAAAAAAAAAAGAAACGCAAAUCGAAAAAGCAAAGACGAAACGAGACCGGGCGGACUAAAACUUAUCUCUUUCUUCUACCGGGUGGGAUAAAUCUCGGUAUAAGGCUCUAGAAGCUAGGACCCUCUCUUCCGUAACGACACCGCACGCCGUGUGGUAAACCACUCCAAACUCGUCGUUCCAUCUGGGAGGUCGUCCUCUGGGAGCCCUGUACCUUGGCUUUUAUCGACGUGGGGCGGGCGGUGAUGCUUUUGUCUUCCCGACGAAUUCGGGACUUAUAGCUGUGUGAAAAUCGAGACCUACAUCGAUGCCGAAGUCGGAGUGGAGAUUUUGGAGAAAGUCCAAGAGGGCUGUUCUCGAGGAGAACGAGCAAGGGAGCAAGCGCAAGUGCUCAAUACCGUCGGUCGUCGUGACGCAGGUCAUUAGACAGGACUACGAUCAGUUACCGGAGCAGAAAAUCCCGGAAGUCGAGGACGCCAAAAGAAAGACGAUGGAGCAUCCGCUGAACAAUCGACUGUCGCCGAAGGUCACGCCGAUUACCGACGACUAUGAGAUUAGCAAUCACGUUCUGGGCCUCGGGAUCAACGGAAAGGUCGUGCAAUGCUACGACAGGAACACAAGACAGAAAUACGCUCUUAAAGUCCUACAUGACUGCGCGAAAGCACGGCGAGAAGUUGAGCUUCAUUGGAGAGCAUCAAAUUGCAGGCAUAUAGUUCAAGUUAAGGAUGUGUAUGAAAAUUCUUAUAGCGGCAAUAAAUGUCUGCUGGUAAUCAUGGAAUGUAUGGAAGGCGGAGAGCUGUUUCAAAGGAUACAAGAUAGACAAGACGGUGCUUUUACCGAAAGAGAGGCUGCGCAAGUGAUGUACGAGAUCUGUGUCGCCGUGAAGCAUCUACACGACAUGAACAUUACUCACAGAGAUCUAAAGCCUGAGAAUCUUUUAUAUUCCAAACCUGACAUCACUGGAAUUCUGAAACUCACCGAUUUUGGAUUUGCUAAAGAAACACAUUUAAAAGACACAUUACAGACACCAUGUUACACACCUUAUUAUGUUGCCCCGGAAGUUUUGGGACCAGAAAAAUAUGACAAGAGCUGUGAUAUUUGGUCAUUGGGAGUAAUUAUGUACAUAUUAUUGUGCGGUUUUCCACCAUUCUACAGUAAUCAUGGACUGGCAAUUUCGCCAGGAAUGAAAAAGAGGAUUCGAUUAGGACAAUACGACUUUCCCAGUCCGGAAUGGUCAAAUGUAAGCCAAGAAGCCAAGAACCUUAUUAAAGGUAUGCUGUGUAUAGAUCCAGCGGAAAGAUUGCAGAUCGACGCUGUGAUGCGUAACAACUGGAUUGCUAAAUAUAUGGAAGUACCCGCCACUCCCUUACAUACUGGACGUGUUCUGCGCGAGGGAGAGGAAAUGUGGCCUGAAGUGCAAGAGGAGAUGACGCGGUCGUUGGCGACAAUGCGCGUUGACUAUGACACGGCGUGUCUGAAGCAGCUCGAUCACACGAAUAAUCCCCUGUUGAAUAAACGGAGGCGCGCGAAACAGUCAGCCAACAACGCGACAGUCCCUGCAACGCCCGCCAGCCCCACGGCAGCCUCUUAGGAAGAAGACACUGUCAGAAUCAGAAACUGGUUCUGGACGAAACUGGACAUUUUUUCUGCGUCAGAUACAGCGUGAUCACAACGAAGAUCGUUCUCUGACUGCUGCAUUUCACGAAGCAAAAGAAAUUCCGAAUUAGAAUAGUAUUGAAGGGCACCUAGAUCACAUAUGUAUCACAUGAUUUACACUAUUAGCGUUCGAUUAUUUAGAUACGAGAUCAAUUUUAUUAGAGCGGUAACAAUAAUGUAACGAGGACAAUAUUACCCCAACGAAUGCAAGUAAGUGAUAUUUUUUUAAUUGUUGAACGAUAUCACAGUUUUUCUCAAAUGGCAAAAUUUUAAAAUAUAUACACUACAUUAAUUGAGUAAUCACUUGUGUGGAAUGGCCAACGUUUUUAAUGCUAAGCAUUAAUGUUACACGUUUGUCAACAGUUCAAUUUCCGUCGGACCUAAUAAUUGUCAUUGUGAAUAUAAUAAUCUUUAGAGGCACUAUAUAAAUAGGAGUAGGCGAUCGAGGUAAACGAUACUGCUGAACGUAUCUUUUAACAAAUUAUAAGCAUAAUAGGUCAUAUUGGAAUAAUAAUGAUAUUUAAAAUCUACAUUUAAUAACGAAACUUAAGAGAAAAUUGUUUUUUCUCAAUAAAACACCUUAUUGCUGUUA